AUGAAGCAGACACUUGGCGAGCAAAAGUGGCGUAUAUGUGCUGCAUGUGGCCAGUCAUUAAGUACAAAGGAAUUUUCUCGUCACCAGCAGCUAAAAUCCACCUCCAAGUGUAAAACGUGCAUUGAGCAAUCCAAAGUAAAAGGUGAUCUCCAGCAGCGACUUAAGCGCUGUGUACAGUGUUUUAGAAACUUACCCAAGACGAGCUACUCCAAGCGACAGUCUCAGCUAUUGGAUGCCAAGUGCAGAACGUGCGUGCAAGAGCUCGAACGCGCUGCUACUGUUUCCCCAGCACAUAUUACAAAAAAGUGGCUUUUCGAUCAAUAUUAUCGCGUCUGUCAUCGUGGCAAGAACGGAGGUGUGUCGGUUCGAGUCAAGCACAAUAUUGCAUCCCCUUUGCUUGGUUGUAUUCCUCUGGGACGCGUGUUUUGUGCCACGGCACCCAUUUGCAACGAACAAGGUGACCCAAUGGUGAGGCUAGAGGGACCAUAUCUCCCUAGCUUCGUCUUGCGCACUGAGGUGAAGAUGACGAGCAAAAAAGAGGAUGAAGGCGAACGUCAGAUGAAGGAAGCUUGGGUGCCCUAUCGCUCGCUUCGCAAUGAAAUUCUGUUGGAGCACCAUCAAGGCCCAUUCGUGUGUAAUGAAGAAAAUGGACGGGCUGGAAGCAAGUUCUUCAGAUGUGUGGUAGAAGGCUGCAAAGUACGUAAGCGUGCCGAUCUAGCCAUGUCAGAGCUUGGGUACGUGCUUUACGGUGACGUGGUUGAAGUGGUCGAAACUUUUGUAGCUUUGGACGGUAUUGUAUUCCUGCGGUUGCACGACAGAUAUUUCGAUGGCGCCGCGUGGGUCGUCGAGCGCUCGUUAGAUAAUGAGUCCGUGAUGAACGAGGUUGAAGGUCCGUGGAUGUCUUUUCCCUCUGCCCCUAAAAGUGAGCAGUAUCGAUGUGUACAAGUGUCGGGGGCUCCUGUCCGUUUGGAGCCAGAGUUGACGGCAUCACCGGUAGGGCGUAUCCCUUGCGGUGCCCUUGUCACUGUUGUAGAGCGAGCUGUAACAGAUCAACGCCAGGUUUUUCUCCGGGUUGCCGACUUGAAUACUACUCACACAUGCGAAAACGAUACUGGAGGCAAAAAAUGGAUUAUUGAAACUAGCACAUGCUGCGCCAGUGUCAUGAUCAAGGCCAAUGUUUUGUGA